AUGGACACAACUAUCAAACUGGAAGAAAGUGACGGUAGUGCACCAAGUGAUAAAGGGAGAUAUCAACGUCUUGUGGGAAAACUCAUUUAUCUUUCUCAUACAAGGCCAAACAUCGGCUUCUCUGUUAGUGUGGUCAGUCAAUUCAUGAAUAAUCCAACCGAAAAACACAUGACUGCUGUGAUCAGAAUAUUGAGGUACCUAAAAAGGACACCGGGAAAGGGUCUCUUCUUCCAAAGAACAACAAAUAGAAAAAUUGAGAUUUUUUCAGAUGCAGAUUGGGCAGGUUCAGUGACUGAUCGAAGAUCAACUUUUGGCUAUUGUUUGUUUGUUUGGGGGAACGCGGUUACAUGGCGAAGCAAGAAACAGUCAGUGGUAGCCUGUAGUAGUGCUGAGGCAGAAUUUCGCGCUAUGGCACUAGGUGUCUGUAAGGGAAUCUGGUUGAACAGGCUGUUAUAA